AGCAACGUCGUGCAACAUCAUCGAUAGCGUAGGGAGUUAUUGCUCCGUGUUGUUGGGUUUUUGUGCAAAAAAAAAAUUUUUUUUUUUUUUAAUUCAAAGUUGAUAAAUUGUAUAAUUAAACAUAAUGAUUGCUUUGCUUUAAAAUGUGAUAUUGGUUUAAUGUUUAAGUUUCGUGUACGUUAAUAUCUUUGGAAAUUGAUUAAAAGCAAAAAAUAAAAAAAAAACACUCUGAAUACAUUUACUGGGGAUCAAUUCAAAAUGGAGUAAUUUUCCGAAAAGUGGCAACAUUGUUACUUGAUAAUACCAAAUAAUAAAUUAAGAAACUCAACUGAUGUAUCACUUUAACUAAACAAAGAACUUGUCAUUUCCCAUUCUACACUAUCCUUAUUUUGCUUAGAAGAGCACCCACUGAAUUUUGAUACAAGCAGUAACAAGAAAGAAACAACAUUAAGCUUGGACUCCCGCUAAAACAUUGAAGACGUGUUAUAACGUCUUGUAUAAGAGAAAGGUUGACGUUAUCAUUCGUCCAAAAUGGAUGACGAUCAGCAGUUUUGUUUGCGAUGGAACAACCAUCAGAGCACUCUGAUCAGUGUCUUUGACAAUCUUUUGACAAGUCAGACACUUGUGGAUUGUACAAUCGCUGCUGAAGGAAAAUUUCUUAAAGCACACAAAGUUGUUUUAUCAGCAUGUAGUCCAUAUUUUGCAACCUUACUUCAACAACAAUAUGAUAAACAUCCUAUUCUAAUUUUGAAAGAUGUUAAGUAUCAGGAGUUGACCGCAAUGAUGGACUAUAUGUAUCGUGGCGAAGUAAAUAUUUCGCAAGAUCAAUUAGCGGCUUUAUUAAAAGCUGCUGAGUCAUUGCAAAUUAAAGGUUUAUCCGAUAAUCGCACUGGUGCACCGAAGCCUGAACAUCAUCGGGGUUUAAACAUACCUGGUAGUGUCGGUGGUGGUUCAAGCAAAUUAAGUUCUGGUUAUACAUUAGAACAAACCAAACGUGCACGUGUUGGACAAUCAGGUAUGGAUUCACAAGAUUUGUCUGCAUCACGUGAAGGUUCUUCUAGUCCAUCAAGACGUCGACGAAAAGUUCGGCGCAGGAGCAUUGAAAAUGCCAUGACUGAUAUUCAUGACAACUCAAACUCCUCUCAAAUGCAAUCUAAUCAAUCCGCAUUACUUCAGCAGCCUGCAAACUUAGCUGGUGCUGGCGCUAUAACAGCAGCUGCCGCACAAAUUCCGACAUCAUCAACAGCAUUAUCGACAGGAACGAGUGUAGGUGCUACAGGAGCAACCUCAGGUCAAGGUUCAACUCAGCAACCGAUGACCACUAGCGUUACCAAAAAGACUGAAAGCGUUAAAGGAACAAGCGAUGCCAUGAAAACCGAAAAUGUACAAACCAGCAAUAUAGUUGGUGUUGAUGAACAGGAAAUUGAAAAUCUUAAAGGCGAUAAACAAAAUCAUAAGCAAAAAAUGACUCCGAGUGUUGCCACUGGAAAGGAUACAAGUGAUUUAGUUAUUGAACCUAAGAGCGAAUAUGAUGAUGAUGGUAAUGAUGAAACUGUUGAGGAUUUGACAUUGGAUGAUGAAGAAAUGGGUAUGGAUGAUUUAGAUCAUAAUGCUGGUACAAGUCAAGGAGGAGAAGGAUCUAGUCAAGGCUACGCACCCUGGCAACAUGAUAGAUCUCAGGAUGAAUUGUUACUGACAACACAAGAUGCACAGCAACGGGACCCACAAGGCUAUCUACCAAUCUCUUCCAAUAUUUUCAUUGCAAACGACAACACAAUGUCCUCUUGCCCAAACACCUCUGCAAUUACAGCUACCAACAGCAAUAUGGCCAUAACCAAUUUAGUCACUACUCCAAGCACAACAAUUGAUUACACAAACUCCAAUCAUACCAGCACGACCACUUCCACAAUGAAUCAUCAUCAUCGUCACCAUCUACAUCAGCAACUUAGUUUCGAUAAUUGUAUGCUUGGCGAAGAGCAAUAUACAUGUCCUCAAUGCUUUCGAACAUAUCGACGGCAUGGUACCUUGCGUCGUCAUUUGCGCCAAGAGUGUGGCAAAGGAAAAAGUAUGGUAUGUUCCGUUUGUGGUCAUAGGACAAAACGAGCUGAUCAUUUGCGGCAACAUGUGCGCAAAAAGCAUCCAGAAAUAGCGAUGCGUUCACUAUUUCGUCGGUCCCCGUCCCAACACCGACUAAUGCAAGCCCACCACACAGCUACCACUAGUAUUUUACAACAACAAUUGCAAUUACACGAUGCCGUAAGUGCAGCGGUAGCUAAUGCCGCUAAGUUAAACAUAAAACCUUUAGGAAAAAUAACAGGAACAGGAAUAGGAAUAGGAAUACCAGUGGCUAAUAAUACAUCACCAACUUCAACAAAAUCUGUUAAAAAUAUAGGGCGUCGGCGCAGUAGUAUUGAAUCUGAAGAAGUUGUUGAUUUAGAUAAAGUUGAUGAUAUUGAUGAUGAUAAUGCAGACCACCAACCCACGCAACAACAGUUGGAGCAUUGUGUUGGGAGUUCCAUAAACUCAAAUUACUUUCAGCAGCAAUUGCAACAACAAGCUAUGCAACAAUUGCAAAUACAACAACAAUAUCAACACCAGCAACAGCAGGCUGAAGUGUUGGCGACAACAGAAGUAAAUAACGUACUAGUAAGCAAUAGUUCCUCAUGCGCAGAUGAUGAGUUUAGUUAUAAUUGUUGAUAACUGAUGGAAAGAGAGAAAGCAAAAUCUACUAUCGCGC